AUGAGUGCCCAGGCGGACGUGGUGGGUGGGCCUGCUGCGGGCUCUGCUCACCGUCUGGAGGAAUACUACACAGCUGUUGUCAAGGGAACUCAUCUGAUGAAGUUUGGAAGGCAUGGGGCGCCGAAGCAGCAUUUUUUCAGGCUAGCAGCAGAUCGCCAUUACCUGGAGUGGGAGUCUAGGGGUUCCAAGAAGCGGGUGAAUCUAUUAGUUGUCCAUCGUGUGCUGCGUGGCCAGUUCACCCCUGUGUUCUUGAAAAACAACAGAAAUGCACAAGCCAAGGCUUCACCAGAGCUGUGCUUUUCUCUCCUCUAUCGCCAGAGGGGAGAAGAUCGCAGCUUGGAUCUUGUGUGCAAAGAUGCAGAUGAAUUUGGCCUGUGGUUUAAUGGGAUCAAACUGAUCAUUGAGGACCUGAAGAGCAAGAAGGCCCUGCCUCCAGGCGUACCUCCAGAUGAUGGUGUCGUGGUGGGCAUUCCACAAGGCGCCCUUGGAUUUCCCCCAAAGGAUGCUCCCCCUGGCGAUUGCUACAUGUGGGGGGGGCCACCGGCAGGAGAGGAGCAAGAGGCAAGGGCUGUGCUUGGCGACAACACACCCCUCAAUCUCGUGCUGCCACGACUGGUCCCCUCUGCUGAAAGGCUGGAUAUUGAAAAGGCUUCGUGUGGCCCUCAUCACUUUGCCUGCAUCACAAGGAAUGGGCAUUUGUACACGUGGGGAAAUGGCUCAUGUGGCCGUCUGGGACUUGGCAGUGUCCAGCAUGUGAACACUCCUGCAACUGUGUAUGGCCUUUGUGACAUGGCCAGUGUAGGAUAUAUGUCCUGUGGUGAAACCAGCACAGCUGCGAUUCUCAAAGACGGCUCAUUGUUUACUUGGGGAGGGGGCCUGUCAGGGCAGCUGGGCCAUGACAACAUAACGACACAAUAUCUGCCAAGAAGGGUGGAGAGGGGGCUUUACGGUGUACAUAUUGUUCAGGUGUCUUGUGGACCAUAUCACACUGCGGCCGUGUCCAACCUGGGCAUCCUGUACACUUGGGGUGAUGGACUUUGUGGCAAGCUUGGCCAUGGAGACCAAGAAUCCAAGCACACCCCACAGCCUGUGGAGGCAUUGUAUGUAGGAGAGGUCCAGUGGGUUUGCUGUGGCUGGUGGCACACCGCAGCUGUUGUGAUGGCAAACGAGCACCGGGGAGGCUCUCUCUACACUUGGGGUGGUGAUUUUACCUGGGGAAAAGAUCACAACAGGGGUUGUUUGGGGAAUGGAAGCACAAAUGGGUCAUCAACACCCCAAAGGGUUGAAGGGGAUCUGGAUGAGCUGGAUGUCAAGCAUGUGGCUUGCGGUCUCAACUUGACAGUGGCUCAGACAUCUGAUGGCCUCGUCUUUCAAAUGGGCGCGACUGGUGCUGGUGACACCUUUGUGAAGUGGGAAGGUGCAAAACUCCCAGAAGAGGUGAAAGGAGGUCUGUCUGGGUACAAGGCUGAGGAAAUUGCCUGUGGCCGCAAGCAUGUGUGCGUUGUUGCCACCCCUGUAACAGCAAGCGGCAGAGCAGAUGAAGCCAGGCGCAGAACAGUACUGUUUGCUUGGGGGAAGGGGGACAAGGGCCAGUUAGGCCUUGGAUACACUAAAGACCACACAUCACCACAGGUUGUGGAGGCCCUCACAGCAAGGAGAAUCCAACAGGUUUGCUGUGGGGGUGAUUUCACUCUUGCUGUGUGCCGUUAUGAUGCCCGCAUGGCUGCUGCAGCCUCUAUUAUGGUAGCCGACCCAUUGCCGGCAACACCACAAGGAUUAUCUGCUCGGAAGCCUGGGAAUCAGCAACAGCCAUUUGGAUUCAAGCCAGCGUUUUCUGCAUCAAAGCGAGACAGGACUGGGUCGGCAGAGAGCAAUUCAAUGGAUCCUAAACUUAAGAGGCCAUCCGAUCCUGUGAAGAGACAGGGUAAACAGGUGGUCAGAGCGACGAGCUCCCGAUCGAAGAGCUCUGCCUAUAGCUCUGCUCCGUUCUAUGAGUUUUGCCCAACACAAGCAGGACCAUCGCCUUCCCCUUCACCAGAUCCACACGGUGGAGAACCUGGAUUUGAUGAUGGUAGCAUUGGUACAGAUGUGAGUGUGACUGGUGCUGUGAGCCCACGCCAAGUGACAGCAGCUGAAGUGAUCACACCAAGGCACCACUCCACAUUGAGUGCAGAUUGUGCAUUCCCAGAGUAUGCGGAACCCAAUCCAACUCAUUUUUUUGAUUCAACCCCUGCAGGGGGAGACUGGAGGUUGUUGCCUCAGAGUGCUAGUGGUGUUCACAAUGAGCUUCUCGACAGUGGUGCAAACGCUGCCAGCACUAUAUAUUCAGAUGAAAGUCCAAGGGAACGGGGAAGGAGAGGAGAGCGGGGAAGCUUCAGCGAGAACUCGACGGCAGAGACGUUGGGAACUAGCGAUGGCAGGCCACCAAGAGAUCCCAUCUCAGACAACGAAAUGGAGCCUGCUGAAUGCAGCCCUCGAAGAGCAGAGGAGAUUGGUGGGAGCAGAACUAUUCCUCUGGGGCCUAACAAUGCCUUACCUUCAACUACCAAAAUGGCAUCAAGGGCACGGCUCCUGUCCAAGCGAGCUCAAAUGAUGCAGGCUGCAUCAGAGUCGUGGGGCCGCCCAGGGAGUGUGCAUGCUUCAAGUACAGGGCACUCUGAACCCAUUGCAAUGGACCGGUGGAGCGAUGGGCAUGGAGAGGAUUCAGGCUCAGGGCAGGGAUAUGACAGAGGACAGACGCUCUCAGACUUCUCAAGAGGUAUGUGGGAUCCAAAAGAAAAGGAAGGAUAUGCAAUGGAAAGAAGGGGCCAGACGAUGACAGAGUUUGAGAGGAGAGAUAUAUUUCGACCUCCUGGCUCAACAGGCACUUUUGAACCACCCAAGGGGAGGCGCAGCUCACAUGAAAUGCACGGAGCCAAUGUCACUUACAGGGGUAUCACAAGAGACUCCUGGACACCACGGCCGGUAUCCAUACCUCGUCCUGAAGAUUCGUCACAUCACCAGCAUGAAUUGUUGCGAUGGCGCACUGCUGUUCUGCAAACACUUAGUGAAGUGUCCAAGAAGGAAUGCGAUGGCAAGACAUUUGAUGUUCGAAUGGAAUUGACACCACUGAAAGAUAUGCUCCAAAAGAUGCCUGUGCUUGGGAACUUGUCAGAGGAAAGGGCUGCUGUUGAAAGUACUGGCACUUCGAUCCACCCUGAGGAACCAAAGGGGUCCAAUCUGGCAGAUCUGGUGAAGCGCACUGACAGACUCGUGGAUAUCGCAAAAGGCAUGGUGAAGGAUGCGAGCAAAGUGGAUGAGCAACCUUUGGCAGCCCAAGACAAAGAUGGUGGCAUCCAGACUGUGGAAGUGCAAGAGGUGAAGAAUAUGAGGGAGCAGUUGCUGACUAUGCUUGAGAUUCUUGAGGAUAUGAGGGAUCUCUUGAAAUGCAAAACUGGGAAUCAGCAGCUGCCUGCGGAGAAAUCAGAGAAGACACCUGAGCAUGUGCCUGCUAGUGAGAGUGAAGCUGCCAUUGUAAAAGAUGCUCAAGCAGAGAAGAAAGACCUCAAACAGGAAGAGAAACAGGUCCAGCCAAUGGAGUCUGCUUCAGACAAGGAGGGGCAUCGUGUUGAACGGAAUGCCCAGCAAGAGCCUAUUACAGGCACUCCUGAGAGUGAAGCAGCCCAGGCAGUCGAAGCAUCAGAGGAAGUAGCAACAGAAUCUGGACAUACCCGCAGAAGAUCCCUGGACUUGAUUCGUCCAGGUGACAAAAAUGGCACGCCUGGACAGCAGUGGAUCGAAACCGUGGACCCAGGUGUGUCCGUUAUUUUCCAAAGGGCACCAGGAGGGGUGACGAAGAUUAAGAAAAUCCGGUUCUCCAAAAGGAAAUUCACUGCCGAUCGUGCACAGAACUGGUGGCAAGAAAACCAGCAAAGGCUGGUUCAACAUUACAACCUUGUGCCUGGUGCGAGCCUUGGGGAUCAGAGCCCGUUUGGAAAGGCUGGAUUUGCAGGAAUAGGCGAUACCAUAACUGAUGUGCCCAAUGUUGAGGAUCAAUCUGGACGUGCGGUGUUGCCUGAGUCUCAUGCCCCUGGAUCUGGUGGAGAUUUCCAGGGAAGAGAGAGUACAGCUGCCCAGCCUUCUGCCGGACUUGCCAACUCCAAACCCGGUGCAGAAGAUGAUGACCCAGAUCAGUCUGUUCAGAAUCCGGUGUAUGCUCCAGACUCCAAUACCCUUCCCUCUGGACCUGACAAUUUGACUUCUCCAAGUUUAGGACCAUCAAUGGAGAGUUAA